AUGGAAGAAAGUGAUAAUGAAACACAAAGCGUUUCUGGUCAAAAUCCUACUACUAUUUUAGAAUGUUUUACAACUAAUGAGGAAACUAAUAAAGCAAAAUGUAAUUAUUGUACAAAAGAAUUUAGUUUACCUCUCAAUGAAUUGAUCGCAAAAAACCAUAUAUCCAAAGCACAUCAAGACGAAUGGAAAACUUUGGAAAAGAAUAUCGGAAAAACACCUAGUAAAAAACCAAAAUCUGUACAGAAUAAUAGAAUCUCAUCUAGAUCAAAUAUUGAUGAUGAUGAUAAAGAAAAUGAUAAUAAAUUUAAUGGUGUAUGGACUCAUAAUCCAAAAACACUUGUGAUUGGACAUAAACAUGUUCUUGUACAAUGGACUGAAGAAAAUAUUAAUGUUAAAUAUGUUUGUGAAAAUGUUGAUAUGUCAACUGUUGAUGGAAAUAUUCUUAGAUAUAAUGGAAAUUGUUAUAAGUUAACAAAUGAAACAUGGCCAUCAAUUAUAAAUUAUAAAGGCCGUUUUUCUAAUGGUAAAAUUUGGAAUGAGUAUCUUACUGAAUCACUUAAUAUUAAAUUAAAAAGUUAUGCUUAUGGUGGUGCUACAUCAAA